GAGAGAUUACUCUACGGGUGCAUCUCAGUAAAUUAGAAUGUCAUGUAAAAGUUGAAUUCAGACAAAGACCCCAAUUAAAGGCUAAGGAAGUCUUUGCAGUUCAUUUUCUGAUUGCAACACGAACCAGUAGUUUACAGUAUUGAUUUUUUUUUGUACUACUGUUUCGUUCCCAUCAGGCCUGAGAAAAUUGUCCACCUGCUGCUGUCAUUCUUGCCCUUUUCAUUUGCCUGAAGCAACUGCUAUCCCAAAAGAUCCCAAUGGCCAACAGAAAGGAGGGGCUGAAAACAGACUGAUAGCAUGCCUUUGGCCCCCUACUUGUCCCAUAAAUAUCUCCCAUGCACUUCACAGGGUUCUAAUUUUAGACUACACAUGAGGAGCAAAGCAACUUUAGCUGCUAGUUAAAAGCUUGCCAGUUUGCUCUGUCCGGUGUCACUGUUCUGACAUACGUGUUUUGCCUCCUUUGAUAGACUUUGAUUUGAGAGCACAAAUAUGUCCAACAAUCGAGAUACAGAGGAUCUCAACGAAGAGGACAUUGAUGAGGAUGAACUCCUUGCGAUGCUUUCGCCUGAGGAGCUUAAGGAGCUCCAGAGUGAAAUGGAUGUUAUCAUUGCUCCAGAUGAGAGUGUUCCAGUUGGACAGAGGCAGAAGGACCAGACAGAAAAGCCUCCGACUGGAACCUUUGACCACAGAUCCUUGGUCGGCUACCUCUACUGGGAAAAAGAGUCCAAACGUAUGCUUGAGGAAGAAAGAGUGCCUGCUACUCUGCUGCCCAGUGAGAAAACAUUGAGGCAGAAAGCUGAAGAAAAAGAAAAUGCUGUGGAAGAUGAGCGCAAUGAAGUAUAUGGCGUGACUGAGGAAGUAAUUGAGGAGACGGCCGUAGAUGGUACCGGAGGAGAGGAGAUAAUUGAAGUAAUUGAGGAAAUUGUUGAGGAGUUUAAAGAGAGCAAUGAAACAGACAAAGAGAUUUAUGAGAAAUACAAGAAAGAAGAGUUGAAGCCAGCUGUGAACGAGAAUAAACAUGAAAUUAUGGAGCAGCGUGAUGUGGACACAGUCAAGGAAACAGGAAGCCACAAAGAUGGAGCAACAGAAGUCAAGGAAGAAAGUGAAACGACAGAUACUUUGCCUCCUAUUGAGCUCUUUGACGAUGCAAAGACAAAUGAAUCCAAUGAUAAACCCCAGGAGAAAGAGGAGAAAAAAAUUAAUAAAUUAAAAAUUCCCAACCUGGCACUGAACAAUAUCAAAAUGACGUCACGACCUUCAGGAAAUGAGACAAACUUGGAGUCAACGCUUGACAAGAUCCGCAACAACAACCCGUCUGUCACAGAGGUAAACCUCAACAACAUAGAAAACAUUCCCAAAGAGAUGCUCCUGGACUAUGUCAACGCCUUGAAGAAGAACAAACAUGUGAAAACCUUCAGCAUCGCCAACACAGGUGUCGAUGAAAACAUUGCGUACAACCUGGCCAACAUGUUGCGUGAAAACCGCAGCAUCACCACUCUGAACAUCGAGUCCAACUUCAUAACAGGAAAGGGAAUCGUGGCCAUCAUCCGCUGCCUCCAAUUUAACGAGACCCUCACUGAGCUGCGAUUUCACAACCAAAGGCACAUGCUGGGUCACCACGCCGAAAUGGAGAUCUCACGUCUGCUCAAGGCCAACAACACCCUCCUGAAGAUGGGAUACCAUUUUGAACAGCCAGGUCCAAGGAUGGUGGUGACCAAUCUCUUAACCAGGAAUCUGGACCGCCAGAGGCAACUGAGAAAGGAAGAGCAGAAGCAGCAGCAACUGAAGGAACAGAGGGAUGUCAUGCAGUUGUACGAGAGCAGUCUAAACCUGCCUCCAGGUUUACUCGAAAUGUUGGGGUAUAUACCUCCUCUGGAACUCCUGCAGAAGCAUGGGCUUGUCGCAACACCUCCAGAACUGAACACCGUCCCUCCUGCAGAAGAAGAACCUCCACAGCCCCAGAAGCAGCUUAAACACAACAGCAUUCCCAGACAAUCCAGUGCUGAACCCCAAAACCCACUGAGGGAUGUUCAGCUGAAAAGAACUCCCAAGAAACGCAACCCUCUUCUAGAGUUAGACCGAAGGGAUGCCAGUAGACCAGAUAGAGCAAGUUUCCAACUGAGGAAGACUCCCAAAGUAAAGAACACAGGCACACAAGGGACGCCGGAUGAAAGAGCAAACCUGAGCGAUGUGAUCAAGACGCUGAAACCCGUCCCUCGUAGACGAGUGCCUCCAAAGGUUGAUGUAACCCCUCGUGAUGCACUGCUCAAUGAGAUCAAGAAGAGCAACGUGGCUUAUCUUAAACCCGUGCCGCUCCCUAAAGCAUUGGAAUCAAGUGAAACAAGUCUCAUCUGAGCCUGUGAUAUAUUACCAUGUGUGUUUGUACUGUAUUUGAACAUUUCUGUUCAGCUGCAUUGGAAAUGAACUGCGCACAGUGACACGGAACCACAUGUUUAUCACAGAUUUAACGCCUGGUUGUUUUUCCACGGUGGUGUUUGACCUACCACAGUAUGUUGUAUGUUUUACACAAAAUGCAUCACGGCUCUCAUUAUUUCUUCCUCUGAAGAAGAGUGUGUUUAUUGAGAGGGGAGGUAACUGUUUUAUGUUCAUUUUCCGCACCUCGUGCUAAGAAGGCUUCAAUGAAUAUUUAUUAAAUGCUGGAGGAUUUGUGUUCAGGGUCCAGCAUACCCCCGCGACCCUAAUGAGAAACGGCAUAGAGAAUUCAUGGAUGGAUGGAUUUGUGUUAAGUCUGUAAUUUCAAAACAAUUCCACAUUGCCCUGUGGGUAAAUCGUAUAUAUUUCAACAGGAAACAGUUUGUACCAGUAGCCCGAAGGUUAAAAAACCCCGGAAAACACACGCCUGACCAAAAUGUUGAUCCAAGUUAUAUUAUACAGUUGACUUUGCAACGUUGCAAAAACAUAAUCCAAAAGGCUGCAUCAAAAUCUGGAGUGAAUCUUUUGUAAAUGAUCUGGGAUUACUUUUUCUGGGAAAUUUCAUAAAUAAUAUUGAAUUAAAAUGAUGUUUUGUGAACAAACAAGAAUGCGACACAAACUGAAAAUGAAGAGGAAAACAGCAUGAACUGGGUUAACUUUAUUAAUAGCAUAGGAUACGACCAUGUUUUAUUUUUGACUCUGCGAUCACAUCAUCACUAUUGAUGACUGAAAAAAAUCACAUAAAACAUUGAUGACAUAAAACGUAACAUAGCAUCUAUCCAGUCACCUUCCGACCCGCCUUCAUGCACAAAAUGUGCAGUCAGUGUGCGAGAGAGAAAAGCUUCAGGGAACAUCUGCUUAAGAGUUAGCAGUAUAAAAGGAACACUACAGAUACAAGCAUGUUUCUUUUACAUAGAAAAGGUUUCUGUUAUAAUGGAGAAUAGUGAUACAGGAUGUUACUGAUCCACGAUUGACAAAUAAAAAACAAGGAUAAUAUUUCUGUUAAAUUCGUCAUUUUGUGCAUCCUAAAGUUAUUUUAAUCAUGUCACAAAUAUAAUACAUGCCUACAGCAAACAUAUACAGUACAUACUAUAGUAGAAGAAAGCUUAAAGUGCCAUUCCUUUUCAUUUGCAUAGCAGCGAUCAAAGGCGAUGCGCUCAGGCCAGCCUGUGCUUUCAGCACAUAGUCACGCUGUGUGAAAAGUAAUUCUAUUUAUACACAGGACUAUUAGUGACAACACAUGUACACCAGAAUACUGAUCUUGGAUCAGUAUUCAUAAGGGUCCUGGAGUGACAAGAUGGAAGUUUUUCUGUUCAGGAAAGCUGUGGAUUUUACUUUUUUUUUUGGUAAAUAUGGUUCAGAAAUAAAAGCUUGCGUCACGUAUAAUGAGGUAGCAAGGUAAAAGCAUGUGAUUUACUUUCAAGAAAACAAACUGUAGUUUUACAAUUGCACUCAAGAUUUAUUUAGAUAUUAUGUCUUAUUUUGGUCGAGGAAAGACCCAGGCUAUGUGUGAACAAAGUGCAAUGUCAGCAAGGGCAUAAUGUACGUGUGGUGGGUUAUUAACAUGUUCAACAUGGGAAUGCUGAAAGAGUUCAUGCAAAAUACCUUUGGUGCUUUUUGUCUGUCAAUUGUGAUUUACAGUAUGCAAAGUGUCUGUACGAGGGAGUGUCUUCAUAUACAUGUAUACAAAGCAAAAAGGAGAAGAUGGGAGGCAAAAACAUACAAAUGUCUACUCUCUAUGAAUAGUCAGGGUAAAUUACACCUAGAUUGUAACAUAUACGGUGAUGGAAAAGAUCUCUCUUUGCUACAAUCCUACUCCUUCAGUUUGCUCUCGAUGAAAUCCUGAAUCUUGUUUACUCGCUCCUCCUGCUGAUCUAGGAGAUCCAUGAUGAUGCCCAUAGGAGUCUUCUUCAACCCAACACCUUCCAUCUUGUUCUCCAAUCGAUUCUUCAUGUUGCGCAGUCUCAGGGAGGCGUGGAUUAGGAUGACUUCACAGCAGCACCAGGAAAUAACAUUUUUCAGACGUUAAAACAAGUAUAUUUAGAUGCUCUUCUCUUGAAAUAAAAUGUGACACUGAGAGAGACAAACAGAUGCAGGUGUUAGUCUAAGGGGCAGAUACUGAAGGCAUGACAUCAGUCAGUAAAUGUGGUUGUGUCCACAUCAACAAACCAUAGUGAUCUGUAAACACAGGCGGCGGUAGGCUCGCCCCCGGGAAAGUGACCAAGCUGUCUCCACGGCCAUGUUAAAGCUUUUGUUCCAACAUUUAAAUGUAGGCAGAGAGGAGUAAGAGAACAUGUGCAAGUGUUGCUACAUGUGCUGAGCGAGUCAUAAUGAGAGUUUGGAAAUUGUUUGGCCACAAAGAAACCUCAGUUAUGCUUCCUUGAGUGACUCAUUGCACCCAUCAAUGAGAACACCGGUAAGCCAGUGUUGGCAAACUCCACUUUAAAAAGAAAAUACCAUGUGUUGAAACAUAGAAUGCACCUCGAGUGUACUUUUUUUGUGUAAGAUGUAUUGUCUCCACAUGCUUAACGCAGAAGUAAAUAAUUACUGGGAUUUGUUUGCC